AUGAAUCCGGUCAGAGUAUUUCCUUUGAAAUUCAAUGACUAACAAAAUACUCAAAGCACUUCGAGUUCGCCAUAGUUAAAGAAGAAGCAGACUCCAAAACUACUUGAAAAACCAUUGCUUUUAAAUAUGUCUCCCGUAUUGUAAAAAUUCAAAUUUGAUUCAAGAAAUGGGCAAUCACCAAUUAAGGGUAAAUUUAAUGUGAAACGAUUCACGGCAAAUCCCAAGCAGGAAGACAAAUUCUAAUUUACCCAAUAAUAAAGACCAUUAUAGUCAACAAGUUCAUCCCCAAAGAAGAGAGUAAUUAAUGGAGCAACCAACGUUGAAUCAUUAUCUCCAAUGAAACUACCAAAUCUUCGAAGAGCAGACACUCAGAUAAAUAGCAAUUUACUAAUCAAAGAUGAAACCUUGUAAGAGAUCCAAAGUUCAAAAAGAAAGGAUACCAAAACAGAUGGAACCCCUUCAUAAUUAAUCAGAGGAUCAAUAAUAAAAUUGAUCUCUGACGCCACUCCUAAUUCUAGACCCUCAGUUUCAAGGGCAAAAUUGGCAUCCCAAACCAUCGAUCAAGACAUUAAACCAAAGCCCACUAAUUAAAUGAUGAUGCUAUAUGGUCGAUCAACCAGUCAAGCAGGGUUAGUAAACACUAUUGUGGCUGACAAUGAAAUGCAAGAUUACGUCACUUUGUAUUACUCUAAAUCCCAAGCUGGCUAAAAUGGAUCAGGCUAAACCAAAACCAAUUAAGACAGUGUGAUUGCUACUAACAGUUUGGGUGGAAUUAAAAAUAGAUACAUCUUUUCAGUUUGUGAUGGCCAUGGUGUCUAUGGACAUUAUGCGUCUUAAUUAGUUAAGAAGUUGUUACCAAAUAUAAUAGAUCAACAAAUUAAAUCCAAUGUCGGAAUGUAAGAGAAAGACAUAGGCGAAAAUCAUUUCACUGACAUAUCAAAAGCCAUGAUUUAAGGCUUCUCGAAAAUGCAAAAGGAUUUAUCCAACAGUGGAAUUGAUAUUACAUUUAGUGGAACAACUUGCUCUUUGGUUUUAGUUUCUGGACCUCAUUUAUGGUGUGCCAACAUAGGAGACUCAAGAUCAAUUUUAAUUCAGUAAUAGAAUAAUUAAAAAUGGAAAACUAUUGAAUUGAGCAAUGAUCAUAAACCAGAUCUACCUAAUGAAUACAAAAGAAUCAUCUCAUCAAAAGGAAGAGUUGAACCAUUUAUCAGUGAAAACGGAGAGAUGAUUGGUCCACCAAGAGUCUGGUUAUUACAUGAACAAAUUCCAGGACUGGCCAUGAGUAGAUCCUUUGGAGAUUAUGUGGCAUCAACUGUUGGAGUGAGUUGUGAACCAGAAAUCAUUCAUUACAAAAUGAAUGCCAAUUGUGCAUUCUUAGUUGUAGCAAGUGAUGGAGUGUGGGAAUUCUUUUCAAAUGAAGAAAUCUAAAAGAUUGUUGUUUCACAUUGGCAACCCAAUAUGACAGCUAAGAGAAUAGAUGAGAUAUGCGAUCAUAUUGUAAAACUCUCAACUUAAAGAUGGCAUUAGGAAGAUGAAGUUGUAGAUGAUAUAUCAAUUGUCAUAGCUUAUCUCUAAAAACCAUGA